AUGAAGGACUGCCAUGUCGUGCACGCUCCAAUGGAGGCACGGCUGAAGCUCAGCAAGGAGAGCCCCGAGAAGGUAGUAGAUGCUACACUCUACCAUAGCAUCAUCAGGAGUCUCGGGUACCUCGUGCACACCCGACCGGACAUCUCGUUCAUUGUCAGGUACCUGAGUAGGUUCAUGGAAGCUCCGGCAAGCGAUCACCUCGCUGCCGUCAAGCACCUGCUCCCGUACAUCGCGGGUAUGCUCACACAUGGAUGUGUGUACCGUCGUGGCGAUGACGAGGGCUUGGUCGGCUACAAUGACUCCGACCAUGCUGGUGAUGUGGACUCCAGGAAGAGCACCUCUGGCAUAUUGUUCUUCCUCGGGAGCAGACCCAUCAGCUGGCAAUCGCUGAGGCGGAAGGUUGUCGCCGCAUCUUCGUGCGAGGCGGAGUACAUCGCGGCAGCUACAACGGCUUGUCAAGGCAUCUGGCUUGCUCACCUCCUCGGUGAGAUGCUGAACAAAGACAUCGUCCCUGCACUCAUCUUCGUUGACAACAAGUUAGUGAUUUCCCUCUGCAAGAACCCAGUGAUUCACGACCGCAUCAAGCACAUCGAUCUCCUCUAUCACUUCAUAUGUGACAGAAAGGCACAGUGGUCGUGGACUUCAUCAGAACUGAUGAGCAGAAGGCAGACAUCCUGA